CACACCUAUAAUCAUCGCGCUCUCUACCAAUCGUGUAAGAAGAAGUAAGUUGCGCUCUGAAUUUUAACCGCUGGAGGACAAAUCAAAGAGUGGGUUGUAAGAAGUCUUACAGCGGACAACGCCCACCGAUGUGUCUGUCUGACCCCAAAGUUACUAUUUUGGGCUUUUGAAGAAUACCCAAUAGUGCGCGGUGGGCUUUGCGUCAGGCAGCGCACUGACUCGCUCUGCGCAUUUCUGGACAAGUUCAGUCGUGAGCGCGGAAACAAGACAACAAGAAAACGUUAGAUUGAUGGUGCUGGUUAUUUUCACUCCUCGAGACAUUUAUGAGCACAUUUGAUCUAAUUCUUCGACAUCAAGUAAGGAGCACAAGUCUUCAUUCUCAACGCCUGUUUUUCCUAACCUAAAGGGCAGCUGUUGUGUCCUCUAUACACUGCCCUGAUCUCCUUUCACACCUUUAAUUGUCAGGACCACUGCAACACGGCACAACCAUGCCUAAAGGCAGCAAAGUGACUCAGCGCGAGCACAGUAAUGAGCAUGUCACAGAGUCUGUGGCCGACCUUCUGGCUCUGGAGGCUCCCAUGGACUACAAGAGCAGCCAGAUGAGCAUGAACAUGGCAGGAGGAGGUCCUCCGCCCAUAGGCAAACCAGACAUCUCUCCAGACCUGGAGGAUGGUCGUCCUGCCUGGAACAGUAAGCUGCAGUAUAUCCUGGCUCAGGUGGGCUUUUCGGUGGGCCUGGGCAACGUGUGGCGUUUUCCUUACCUUUGCCAGAAGAAUGGAGGAGGUGCCUACCUUGUUCCAUACUUCAUCCUCCUUAUCCUUAUUGGCAUCCCGCUGUUCUUCUUGGAGCUGGCGGUUGGCCAAAGGAUCCGUCGCGGGAGCAUCGGCGUGUGGAAUUACGUUUAUCCACGACUCGGUGGUAUUGGAGUGUCCAGCCUGAUGGUGUGUGGUUUCGUGGGUCUGUACUAUAACGUGAUUAUCGCCUGGAGCAUCUUCUACUUCUUUCAGUCGUUUCAGUACCCCUUACCCUGGAGUGACUGUCCCAUCAGAAUAAAUGGCAGCCAAGCCAUUGUGGAACCCGAGUGUGAGAAGAGCUCAGCGACCACAUACUUCUGGUACCGCGAGACCCUGAAUAUCACCAGCACAAUUGCAGACAGUGGGGGUCUGAACUGGAGGAUGACUCUAUCGCUGCUGGCUGCCUGGUUUAUUGUCUGUUUGGCUGUUAUAAAGGGCAUUCAGUCUUCUGGGAAGGUGAUGUACUUCAGCUCUCUGUUUCCAUAUGUGGUGCUCUUCUGUUUCCUGGUGAGGGGGAUGUUUCUUAAAGGAGCGGUAGAUGGCAUCGCUCACAUGUUCACGCCCAAGCUGGAGAUCAUGUUGGAGCCGCAGGUGUGGCGGGAGGCUGCCACUCAAGUCUUCUUCGCUCUGGGUUUGGGCUUCGGAGGAGUCAUCGCCUUCUCCAGCUACAACAAAAUAGACAACAACUGUCAUUUUGAUGCUGUUCUUGUGUCCUUCAUCAACUUUAUAACCUCUAUACUGGCCACACUGGUGGUGUUCGCUGUGCUGGGCUUCAAAGCUAACAUCAUGAACGAAAAAUGUGUGGUCGAGAACGCUGAAAAGAUUCUAGGCUACUUGAACUCAAAUGUGUUGAGUCCGGAUCUCAUCCCCCCUCAUGUGAACUUCUCCCAUCUCACCUCAUCGGAUUAUGCUGAGAUGUACGGCGUGAUUAAGAUCGUCAAGGAAGACAGUUUUGCGCAGCUGGGACUGGAACAGUGUUUGCUGGAGGAUGAGCUCAAUAAGUCGGUUCAAGGCACUGGAUUGGCCUUUAUUGCCUUCACAGAGGCCAUGACCCACUUCCCAGCUUCUCCAUUCUGGUCUGUUAUGUUUUUCUUCAUGUUAAUUAACCUUGGCCUGGGCAGCAUGAUUGGCACCAUGACUGGCAUCACCACGCCCAUUCUGGAUGCCUUUAAAAUCCGUAAAGAAAUUCUCACAGUGGGCUGCUGUAUUGUGGCAUUUUUCUGCGGCUUGCUGUUCGUCCAGCGUUCAGGGAACUAUUUUGUAGCCAUGUUCGAUGACUACUCCGCUGGUUUGCCUCUUACCAUCGUGGUGGUCUUGGAGAAUAUAUCUGUAGCCUGGAUCUAUGGCACCAAGAGAUUCAUGCAGGAUCUAGAAGACAUGCUGGGUUUCAGACCUUACGCCGUUUACUUCUACCUGUGGAAGUACGUGUCUCCAGUGUGUCUGCUCAUACUGAUUUCCGCCACCAUUGUGGAGAUGGCCAUCACCGCUCCAGGAUACAACGCAUGGGUGCAGGACCUGGCCUCAGAGAGGUUUCAAAGUUAUCCUCCUUGGGCACUAGUGAUGUGUUUUGCUCUCAUUAUUGUGGCCAUGCUUCCUCUUCCGUUGGUCUUCAUCGCUCGUCACUAUAACUGGCUCCCCGAUGGCUCCAACAAGCUGUCCGUCUCUUACCGCAAAAGCCUGGCAAAGGAGGCCUCUAACCUUGAAGAUGAGACCAGGUUUAUCCUGGGGAAGAACCCAAGCGAAGCUCCUUCUCCCAUGCCCGGUCACCGGGCUUAUCUGGGCCCAGGUAGCUCCUCUCCUGUGGAACUCAUCACCAACUCUACCUCCAUCAGCGGCUAUGGCAGCAGUUACCAGACCAACCCUGCUCCGCCCAAAUCUGAGUCAUGAUCCUGCAACCCGCCAACCACAGACUGAGAUGAAAAGAGUGAGAAACAUACCGAAUGAAGAAGGUCUUAGUGUUGGUCACAUCUUAACCCAAACCACCCAGUCACAGCAUCCAUUUGGACUAAAGAUGUCGAUCUGAAGAUAAAAAAAACCCUGGAGUUACCGUAUCAGUUGCAUGAGUGACUGUAAGAUGGUUUAUUUGGUAAGCUGGUGAGUUAUUUGUCUGAAGGUAAUAUUCUCAUAUACAACAUCAUUUAUUUUGUCAUGUUAAUAGUUCUCACUGUUAAGGUGUUACCAAUACUACUACUGAAGAGAUGCCAUUUUCAUUUAAACCCACUUUUAGAGCCAUACACAACUCAGAGGGGGCUCAGAGAAACUCAACUUUCACUUAUUAAUGGAUAUUCGAGUGUCACUGUUAAAUACAGACCACCUGACAGUAGAGCGGAUCCAUAGCUGUGAUUUCUGUUACUGACUGAAGCGUAUGUUCAGUGUUGUAGAGUUUACAGAUUUUGCACUACAGUUUGUCACGUCCACAUUUUACCACAAGAGGGCGACAUAUGUAUUUCAAACACAACGCACAUUGUCUCAGUGCAGUAUCAAAUAUAUACAGUAUCAUUGUCAGGGUCAGGUCAUGUGUAAUAACUAGACUUAAUAGAGUAUAUUAUACUUGGAUGUUUUUUAUUUUUUGUAAACUAAACUAAUGUGACUGCCUGAUGAGAGGAAAUGAAGUCGUUUUAAGGAUGCAAUAAGGGGUUCAGUUUUAGCCAAGUAAACUCCACCAAGCACAAUAGCUUACAUUUUUUGACCAAAAAUGUUAUGUAGUUGUCUGCAGUUGCAAUAAUGGAAUUGUUCCUAAAAGGCAUUGGCUGGUAUUGUAACGAGUCUCUAAGUUGGAAAUGUGAUGCUUGGUGGAGAAUACUCAAUGAGUAUAACAUUAUUCCCAAUGAAAUUGCUCAUGAAGACAGCAAGUGUCUGUUUCUGAUAGAAUGGUAUCUAAACCACUGUAUUCACAAGUUAGUUUGCUUACAGGGUUUACAAAUGCCAAUGUUUUAUUAUUUAUGUCAGGUUUACUGCACAGGGAAUCAUUUGGCCCUUGUUUAACAAUGUCCAACAAAUCAAGUGGAAAACAUGGUCUCCAGAUUCCUGCACACCACUGUAAGUGCAAAAACAAUUUUAAUUCUAUCCAAGAUUUAUCAUUUUUAUUUAUUAUUAUAAACUCUAUCCAUUAACAAACUGGACACCAUGGAACAUACAAAUGUUCAAAUAUUUUUUAAAAGUUAAUGUAUAUUAAACUAAUGUAGAUCAGUUUUCUCGAGGAACCAAAGUUUAGUCGGUUGGUCUGCGUAAUGUGUCGUUCCUUUACGUGUUGUUUAGAGUGAAUACAGUGAAGACUGCCUAAUGUAAACGUGAACCGCUGCCGUUAAAAGCUCACUGCGUAUAAUCUAUACGUCUAAACAGUACUCUUCUUUUUAUCUUAGCCUAUGUGCUCCUAUUGAUACUCUGCUCCCAUUGAAAGAGAUUCACUUCAGUAUUUAUUCCAAUCAAAAUCCAUUCAGGGAGCAGAGAGCCGAGGAGGGUACAAGGAUACGAAUAAUAGAGCAGCAGAGGAAAUGUGUUCUUUAAUGAAACGCUGAUGUAUAAAACAGCAAAGCGUUUGAUCAUCCAGCUGCGUGCAGCUUUUGCGUCUGUCACAAAAGGUGCGGAGGUAAAAAUAGACACAGACCGGUUACCCAGGGGAACCUGUGGCAGAGACACAGCGCGGCUGCAUGGUAAUGAGUCCUUGGGUUGGUGGGUGUGGGUUGAGGGAGGCUUCUAGAUGGUCCUAUAAGCGCUCUCUGGUAUCCCUAGCAACCAUUUUCAUGACAACAAGGGGACAUUUUUUUUAAAGCUACUGCCUUUUUGGCCCACACUUAGAACAAGCUGGAUCGUAGUGCCAUUCUUUGAAAUAUUCAGGACAUUAGAGAUAUGAUGAAGCCAUUUUUCCAGAAUAGACAUUUUACUGUUUAACACAGUCAGACGAGAUUGUCAAUAGAGCACAGUAACUUUAUUAGCAUCAGAUUUUUACACGCAGUGUGUUUGUUUGUAGUGUGUACUUGUGCAGCGAGCGGUGAAGUAUAAAAUGUCAAUGUUGUUCCUGCAGUAGCACAAUAUGUUCACGGGGUGUCGCUGUUUUCCGCCGAUUAGUGAGUUGAAGGCGUGUCUCUGUGCUCCUGGACUCUGCAUUACCGUAGACAAACAUGCAUUGAGGGCUUUGACCUGUUGCUGCCUCCAUAUAGAGUACCUCAGAGAUGACAUAAAGGCCAACUCGGAAGUUAGCGCCGCACUGGUUCCCUCGACCGAAACCCUAUGCAUUUUUUUGAAGAUUGCAAAAAAAUCAGUGAUUAACUAAUGUUCAUGUGAGGUUUUGUCUUUCAGAAUAAGCUUUACAAAUUAAUAUAACAUUUGCCAAACUUUAUUAAAAACAUGUUCACUGAACAUGCUCAGUGAGUGAGAUUUGUGUCCAUGUUGCAUUAUUUUUUAGAUUUAUAUGGGGCGAUGGAACCGUAUUCGCUAAAAUGCUAACUCUCUUCCAGGGUUUGCAUACAAAAAUACGUCAUCUCUGCUGUACUCUAUUGGAUAGAGCAAGACAAGUGAAUAGCGGUGUUUUUCUGGACAAAAUCAGCCUAUUUCAGUGUAAUUCCUGACAAAAAAAUAUUCUCUGACAAUACAUUUUUGUACAAAUUGGUUAAUAAAUGCAAACGUCAAUUGUGCUUUUUUCCAGAAAAAAAUGCAGCUCUCCCAUUCACUUGUAUGCAUUUAUAAGGCAGUGCCCUCACCAAUUUGGUGGCACCAGUGACAUAAAACUGGAUAUGCAUGUCUAUGUAUGGAUAUGUACCCCUCUCUGAGAUGAACAUCCCACCCCCUGCUUAGCACAGCUGGUGCCUCUCUUUAUCUCAUAGACUUAUUUAAUGAUGAGUAUGAAGGAUAUAUUGCUUGAUUUUUUAUUUACCAGUAGGGUUUGUGCACUUUAUUUUCUCCUAACAAGAGGUCCCAGAGCUGCACUAUAUAAGCACAAUGUAACACUAGGUCUGCGAUGACUUUUGCAUUUGGCAAAAACUUUUAUCCUAGCAAGUUAAAAUGAAAAUGGGAAUACAUGGGUCUUGGCUGGCCUUUACUUAUACUGUACAUAUAUAUUAAACUCGUUCUAGUGAAAUUACAAAAUAAAGUUCAACCAAAUACAGUAACAAUUAGGAUAUACAAUUGCUAACACACAGAUGCAAUAUUAAUUGACUUAUUAAAAUAAAUAUAUCGUUCCAGAUUUUAACCCCUCGUAAUGAAAGGAUGAAAUGUUUUUGGGAGUCACCACAUCUCAUAUGCAGAUAAAGGUUCCAGUAACACAAAGUGAUUCAUUGUACUAACUUUGGGCAGCUCAAAUGUGUCUUCAAUGAAUUCAAAUGCACCGCAUCAGCAAAUAUUUGGAAAGAAUAUGACAAUUUAAAGUACUGUAGCACAAACACAUGGCACAAGUAAACUAUCAAAGCACACACUGCUCUCACCAGCAGAAACAAGCAAAAUUAAGGACACGCUCAUGUUUCUUUCAUGCGCUGGACUACACUGUGCUCCUGGCGUUAUGUAAUGGCAUUAAUGUAUUAUUGCACAAAAGCAAAAAAUGGCAACAUGGCAGUCCACACUGGUUGACCCACCCCACAUAACCUUUAUAAAAUGUUUUGAAGCUGUAAGAAAGAGUCUCAUAUCCUCAUUUGAAAAAUAUUUAGCAACAGUAGGUAGGCCUACUUUAUAUGCAUGUAAAUAAAAAAUAAAUAAAAAUAUUACCUUUAAUGGGCUGCAUUAGUACAAGCCAAGCACAACAUUCAGCAGAAGAUUUACAAGUAUGAUCGAAACGUGCAUUAGGGAGCAUAGGGUGGGAGUUUAAAGUUAAAAACAGCUGACUAUGAAAUUUUGUUGGGAUGCAAUGAUAACAUUAUUACAUUGAGAUCAUAAGCACAUGUAUUAGUCAGAGGUAAUGGACUAAGGCAAAUACAAAACAGUACAUCUUAUUAUUGUGCAUGUUACUUAUUAUUGUAAUGUGCAUGUGCUUUGAACUGUAAUGUCACACUAGUAAAUGAGACAUUUUACAUAAGGGGUCGUGGCUUUCAAGAGGAUGGUGCGAUCUUUCCCCUUUUAGAGCUUAAAAUUAGUCGCUACGAAACUGCUUAGCUUUAACACAUAAUUGCAAAUGAACUAACAGGGGUUAGUUCACCAAGCGUUGUAGACAAUCUAGAAUCCAUGGCACAUGAAUCUCAAAUUGGCACCUUUUUAAUCCUUUUGUUACAGAUUUCAGAGCACAGACUUCAUUGUAAGAGAGAUCAUAGUCAUUCCUGAACUUAAGCACUUUUAGUUUAAUUUUAAUAAAUAUGACUGCAGCUCCGAGACCUCUUUUCAUUUCAGUUCGUCCUAGUAUAAACGCUAAGCCAUUGUUUAGUUGACUGCAACUUUAUGAAAUGUACACCAAGCAUCUCUUCCUUUUCAAGAGGUGCUGGAUGCCAUAACAUAACAUAUGUGAGCAAAGUGCUAUACUGUAUAUUUAUGUACAUGUGAUUCUGAAUAGUAUAUCUGUAAAUAUUGGUGUAAAUUUUGUUAAAUGAAUAUCAAGAAAUAUAUGAAAGGCAAACAGGUGAAUUCUUGUAACACUGAUGUGUAUGAUAUUGUUGUACAGUUCAAACGUAGAAUAUCUGAAUAUUUUGUACAUUGUGUGUAUUAGUGUACGUGUUGUGUAUGGGGUAGUGUCUGUCGUAUCAGGUGUGUAAGCGUGUGUAAAAAAAGCAGUUUUAUUUUUGCUAUUUUGAUGUUGUGAGUCCCUAACUUUCCUCCCAUUUAACCCAAGUUUUUGGUUUCGUGGUGAACACGACCCACCAGUUGUUGUCUCGACCUACUGUGUUGGAGUUGCAACGCUCCUUUGUUAAAAGCACUUUACUUUGCUUUUAAUGUGAACGUCAGCUUAAAUUUGAGAGAUUUGACCUUCUGUAUGCUCCUUCGGCCUUAGUAUCUGCGAUGUUCUUGUUUGCUGCUUAUCAAAAGUUGAAAUGUUCACACACUUUUAGGUUUCGUCUAGAUUCAGUGCAUUCAUUAUUAGUAGUGCUAGAUUACUGUAAAACACACAUAGCAGGGGCAUUCCACUCCUUGACUUGAACGUAUACAAGUACAAAGGAGGGAGGUCAAAAAUAGACUUUUGCACUCUGGAAGUGCUAUUUUAAUCAUUAGAAAUAUACUUGAUGUGAAUGUAAAUGUAUUUUUCAUCCCCCAGAGUACUGUAACAAUCAUUUGUUUGCACCGAUGAAACGUGCACUAUUACCCUCCGUAUGAAGUCUACACUUACGUGCUGUGCUAGUCAUAGAUUUAUAAGCAAUAUUUUUGCAGGCAUUUACUUUGGUUGGAUGUUGGAUAGAAGGGACUGCUGUUACUCUGAGAAUAGCAGCAUCAGCGUGCUUCACUGUUGGAGAAGAGCAAUGCUCUUAUACUUUUGUCAAACCCUAUUCUGUUGGGUAAGAGCACAUUCAGAUCACUAGCCACAGUAUACUGUUAGCUACUGUAUACGAGGACUAUUCUACGGUCUCUUAGUCAAUGUCAUUGAUAUUGUACAGUAUUUCCGAUACACUUGGAAAAAAGCUGAGUUAUGAAUAUUGAAUGUGGACCAUUAUAAAAACAAACAAUAAAAAGUUGGUUCACAUAGUAAACGUCUCUGAUUUCUUCUUUGC